UGUCUCCUGACAACUGAAAAUCCAAGGCCAUCCAAGUUCUUUUUGCGGCUGCCCUUCUGCCCCUCAUCGUCGCUUGCCCCUCCAAAACAGACCUCAACUUUUCUAGAGUCCUUCGACAACAGAGCAAUCGAAACAACAAACCUCACACACCAAAACCCGCAAUCAUGUCUCUUACCAGCAAGCUCGCCAUUACCGACGUCGACCUCAAGGACAAGCGUGUCCUCAUCCGGGUCGACUUCAACGUCCCUCUCGACAAGGAGCAGAAGAUCACCAACAAUCAGCGUAUCGUCGGUGCCGUGCCAACCAUCAAAUAUGCCAUCGAGAAAGGUGCCAAGGCAGUCGUGCUCAUGUCCCACCUCGGUCGUCCCGAUGGCUCCGUCCAAGCCAAGUACUCCUUGAAGCCGGUCGUGCCAGAGCUCGAGAAGCUUCUCAGCACCAAGGUCACCUUCGCCGCCGACUGCGUUGGGCCCGAGACGGAGAAGAUUGUGAAUGGACAAUCAAACGGCGGUGUCGUGCUGCUGGAGAACCUGCGUUUCCACGCCGAGGAGGAGGGCUCGUCGAAAGACAAGGAUGGCAACAAGACCAAGGCGGACAAGGCGGAUGUUGAGAAGUUCCGCAAGGGCUUGACCGCUCUGGGAGAUGUCUACAUCAACGACGCCUUUGGCACUGCCCACCGUGCGCACAGCUCAAUGGUCGGCGUGGACCUCCCACAGAAGGCUUCCGGUUUCCUCGUGAAGAAGGAGCUGGAGUACUUCGCCAAGGCAUUGGAGAACCCGCAGCGACCUUUCCUCGCCAUCUUGGGAGGUGCAAAGGUCUCCGACAAGAUUCAGCUGAUCGAGAACAUGUUGGACAAGGUCAACUCGCUGAUCAUCUGCGGCGGCAUGGCUUUCACGUUCAAGAAGGUGCUCGACGACAUGAAGAUCGGCAACUCGCUCUAUGAUGAGGCUGGCGCGAAGAAGGUCAAGGAAUUGGUCGAGAAGGCCAAGAGCAAGAACGUGGAGAUCACUCUGCCAGUCGACUACAUCACCGCCGACAAGUUUGACGCCAACGCGAAGACUGGCUACGCAGAGGACAAGGACGGUAUCGAGGACGGCUGGAUGGGUCUGGACUGCGGCGACAAGUCGAUCGCGCUGUUCAAGAAGACCAUCGACAACGCAAAGACGAUCCUGUGGAAUGGUCCACCGGGUGUGUUUGAGAUGAAGGCGUUCGAGAAGGGUACUCGUGCUACCAUGGACGCUGCUGUUGCGGCUGCGCAGAGCGGCAAGAUUGUCAUCAUCGGGGGUGGCGAUACGGCUACAGUUGCUGCGCAGUAUGGGGUUGAGGAUAAGCUCAGCCAUGUGUCUACUGGUGGUGGUGCUAGCUUGGAGCUGCUCGAGGGCAAGGACCUGCCUGGUGUGUCUGCGCUGUCUGAGAAGUCGUGAAUCGCCGACCUGAAGAACGGCCGUCAAUAUGGUACAAAGCUGUAGAUAGCUCUUCGUAACGAGAAGCGUAGUGGCUCUGCCUCU